CGUUCCCGGUUGUCCCACUUGGCUCGUUGCAAGGGGGCGCGCGGCGGACAAACGUUCGGUCAAACGGUCUCGCUCGGCCACGCGUCGUUCCGCCUCUCUCCCUCUAUCUCUUUCUCUGUCUCUCUCUCUCUUUCCUCCUUUCUCUCUGCUCUGCCCGCUUCGCUCUAUCUCUUCGCGUUUCGUUUCGAAAUAAUUGAGCGCGCACGGAAUCCUUCACUGUCCAAUGUCCUAAUUCGAUUUACAUAAAAGAUGGCGAUGUUAUCCUCUACAGUCGCGCCGUUCAUCGUUCCGGCGGCGCGUUAUUGUUAUCCCGCGCCGUCGCGCACGGCGACGACAGUGAAGUUGAUGCAGCACCAGCGUAAGAGAGAUCAUCGCGGCAGCAGCGGCAGUGGUGGCGACGGCGGUUGGUGAUGGUGGUUGGUCGACGACAGCGAAGGUUAUCUGCAGCGGCGAGUACGACGACGACGACGGCGGCAACAGCGGCAGGCUGUUCUAAGCAGUCGCGAACGCGAUAGCGGCCAACGUGCACGUUCAAACGUCAGCAAGUUCAGUGUCUGUUACACCGCGCCGUUGAAAGAGCCACGAGGUUCUCACGCGUAAGUGGCAUUACAUGUGCUGUUGUAACGGGCGGACAGUCGUGUGAGACUCGUUGCGACACGCACGUGGCACGCAUCAUCAUUGGCCAUGGACAGUCAUGUGGCAUACAGCCCGGGCGGGCUCGCAAAAUUGUCGACGCUAUUGGGCGCCCCGGAGGCCGCGCUGCGUCUCCUCGUCUCGAUUUUGUUAGGAUUUCCUGUUGCGCUUCUUCAUAGAUACACGCUCUACGGCAAAGAUCCUACUCGGCAGCACAUGUUUUUCAUAGCAUGCGGUCUCUCAAUUGGUUAUUGGAAUUACGAUUUGAACAUACUUCAUUCAUCGACGGCAGUAUGUGCAACGUAUUUAAUUUUAACAAUCCUCGGCAGCACCGGACUGUCUGUCAUAAUAACGUUACUAUUCAACAUGAUGUACCUACUUUACGGUUACUAUACCACCAGCACUCAAGAUUACGACAUAAAAUGGACAAUGCCGCAGUGUGUAUUGACACUUAGAUUAAUAGGACUCGCGUUUAAUUUAUGGGAUGGUCAAAAACCUGACGAAGACCUGUCUGACACCCAGAAACGGGUGGCUUUAAAGGAACGACCGUCCUUACUAGAAAUUGCGGCGUAUGCCUAUUUUCCAGGCGCGUUCUUGAUCGGGCCACAAUUUAGUAUGCGACGAUACUUGGACUUUGUCAAUGGUCACUUUUCGGAACGCGACCCUCAAACUGGUGCCAUGAAACUACCGGAUUGCGUGUGGGCGGGAUUGUCGCGAGCUCUCAUUGGAUUCGUAUAUGUAGCGAUAUUUCAGAUCGGAACACUCUACGUUUCCGAUCAAUAUCUUUUUGAGCCGACAUUCCAGAAGAAAAAUUUAAUAAAGAAAUGCUUACUUAUUGGCCUCUGGGGUAGAAUUAAUCUUUACAAAUACGUUAGCUGUUGGCUGAUUACAGAAGGGGUAUGCAUUACUUUCGGUUUAACUUACAAUGGAAAAAACGCUGAAGGUCGCAUAAAAUGGGAUGGUUGUGCGAACGUCAAACUGCGGACGUUUGAAACUGCCACACAGUUGCACCACUAUAUUCUCUCUUUCAACAUCAACACUAAUCAGUGGUGCGCGGAAUAUAUCUACAAAAGGUUGAAGUUUUUGGGAUCAAAGAUAUACAGCCAGCUAAUAACAUUGAUCUUCCUCGCUCUAUGGCAUGGUUUACACUCCGGAUAUUAUCACUGCUUUUUCAUGGAAUUUAUUGCGACAUACUUUGAACGAGACAUUGGACCAGUGUUGAAAAACAGCGAGAAAGUGCAAACAAUGUUGAAGACCCGCUGGGAAGCGCGUAUUCUUGCUUGGAUCUUUUUGAAGCUUUACACUUUCGUUUCUAUGGGAUAUGUCCUUCUAGCGUUUGUAUUGCUCUCAUAUCCGCGAUAUAAUCAAAUUCACGCUAGUUUGUAUUAUUGCGGACAUGUGUUCUUCCUCUCUUAUCCAUUGCUUGCGCCGUUCAUUAAACGGUUACUCGGUCAUAGACAUGAACGUCGGCGAGCGCAUGAAGAAUAAGAUGAUACGAUCUCUUUUGCGCCGAUAUUAUUGAAACAUUAUCCCAUAUGUCGCUCACUACGAAUCGAUAUCCACCAAGAAGAGAUACAGCUGGAGUAAAGGAUGGAUAUUACUGUACAGUUAUAUUAUUCCCCUAGUCUUCGGCAUCUCGGGAAGAAUGUGAUAACGCAUAUCCGACAGAGAAUAUGGUUACUAUUAUCGCAUUUCGUAGCGAAUUUUUUGAAGCAUAAUUUUAUUUAUCCUUUUCUAAUUGUUUGAUUUGCAUUAUCUAGUAUUUUGUCAGUUAAGAACUGAGUGAAAAUUUUUGUUGAAUGACAUUUGUUGCUCAAACGAAAUACGGUAGUGGUGGAGUAUUUAUACUUGGUGUAAGUGAGAACAAUACAGCUAAGGUUUCACGAAUUCUUAAGCGUUAUUUCAAGGAAAUUCCGCUGGUCGGGGGUUUUGUGUGUGUGCCUGUAUUUUGAAGUUUCUACAGUCUUAACUUCACAAUUCCAUGGUUGUGUGAUGGUCACUAUUCCAAAUAUUUCAUUAUUCUUGUACAAUCGUAUUUUCUUGAAUUCUAAGUAGCACCUUUAGUUAUACGUACAUUUAUAUAGUGGUUCGAUGGUUUUGUUGAUUGCGUUAUUACCCAUUAAAUUAUAAAUAGUGUAGUUUGUGCGCCUUUACGCAGUUUAAGACGCGUCAUGUCGUGUAACGAUGAGGACGAGUAGCUCAUGAUACCACUGCAGUCGUGCAGACUAGUCAAGCGUUCCAAUAUUCCAAAGAAGCUUGAAAAAAGGAAAACAAUUACGUACUUAGAUGUCGCAAUAAGAAUGGUGAACGUCCAGCUACAGAAAUAAGCUUAGGACAACUAUAUUGCAAAGUAUGUAAUAACUUGAUUUUAUAAAGGCGAAGUAAUUGAUAACGUAAACUGUUAUCGCCAAGUAAGUACGCGUUUCGAAAUUAAAGCAUCUAUUUUAUUGGUAGAAAUUUCUCUCCACUCUUUAUUUGCAAUAUUUCGCAGUUUACCUAUUGUUAUAUCGCUCUAGAUGUAAAUACACACGACAAAGAGAAACUAAAUUUAAUUCUAGUCGGGUGUAUACCUUCUGUACCUAUGACGAUUAUGUUGCUGAAAUUGCACCGGAUGAAAUGUUCAAUGAAGGAUAGUAAAGGAUAAUGAAGGAUAAUAAUGCCUGCAACGAGAAAUUUAUAAAUAGUGAAAAAAUUACAGAUAUUUCUGAAACAAUAAAGAGAAAGGAGAUAUAAGAUAACGGUUUAAUUUCAGUAACAUCCUAUUGGUCAUUCUAUAUACCUGUGUAUAUACAUAUGUAAUAUCAGAUGUAUAAAAUAUCGCGAGAGGUGAUUCUCGUAUACGUUCGCCGUACGUAUGUUCCCAUAAAAAUCUAACAACGAUCUAUCCAUGUUGCAGUGGGGAGGCCAUGUGGCUUUUAUCACGCACACAGCCCUCAUCAUCGAAAUUAAAGAGAUAAUCGAUAGCAGUCUAUAAGCGAAGAGCGUACAGAUACUGGUGUAUGUAUGUACUUUGCACAUCCUGACGUUCGCGCUUAUUGAGCAAUCGAAUUAGAUCAGCAAUUAAUUGGUAGUGUUAUUACUUCGUUUAAUGUUCAUAUAAUUUAUUAAUCACCAAAAUACAACUAGUUUCUGACAUCUU